AUGGCGUUCCAAUUUACCCCAAUGGUGCUGACACCGCUUGAUCAUACGAUGCCGAUAUGCUACAUAGCAUUUUUCUACGCCUUGGUGUUGGAUGACCCACACCGGGGUGUUUCCAUCCUCAAGGAAGGUCUUCACCGCUUACUCGGGGAAUGCCCCUUGCUAGCAGGAAAUAUGAUGAGAUCAAGUUCGAAACGGUCGAAAGCCAACGUACGUGAGGUGCGACCUCCCACCGUAGAUUCGUUGCGCGAGUUCCCCAUCCUUCGGGUAGCACAUCACCUGAAUCAAUACAUCAUCAAGAAGGUUCUCGAUUCUGGCGAACGGGUGUCGAGCGAUUCUUUAUUCGAUGAGCGAUAUCUUCCAUUGCCACUGUCGGUGGCGACAAGAGAAAUAUGCCCUAUCAUUCGCUGGCAAGCCAACAUUUUGCAAGAUGGCAUAUACGUGGCUGUCUGCUUUCAUCAUUCAGUGUUUGACGCCGCCGGAUUCUACUUCAUCCAGGAUGCACUGGCACGAUGCUGUCGCGAGCCUAACAGCCCCGCUCUAACCAUACCACUGGGGUCGGACCUCCUCGAAGGUAGACGACGCAUGGUAUCCAGCCCCGUGGUCAGCAGCGACGUAAGGGGCGACGCACCUACUGAAGACCCACACACUAUCAGAGUUGCCGACUUUAACGCGGUUGAAGGACUUGUCAGUCGCCGACUAGUUCUGCAGCCCGCGCAUAUGGAGUGCCUGAAAGACGUUUGUAACUCAAUCCUGCGUGACCAGUCACAGGAAGAGUACCUGACGUCCAAUGAUAUGAUCUCCGCUCUGCUAUGGCUGGCUAUUAUCAGAGCACGGUAUGGCCCAUCCCCCGAUGGCGGCGGUGGUCAGGAAACCCGGCCUGUUCAGAGUUCCUUGAUACUCAUCACUGAGGUCCGCCGAACUUUAACACCGCCUCUUCCCAUUUCUUACGUUGGAAAUGGCAUCGUCCAAUCUGUGGCAACAUCACCCGUACAGCGUGCUCUGAUUUCCGAUGCGUCAAACGCGGUUCAUCCCCACUUGCCAUCAGUGACCAAGGGCGAUCUCCAGCUUCUUACUGAUCUCGCACUGAAAGUUCAUUCUACGCAGUCCAGUGCAGAUAAUACCUACGUAAAGGGAAUCAUUCAAGAAAAACAGAGAAGUCCAGACUGGAGUCCCACCUUCAAGCAGGGUGAUGUCACAUCUACCAGUAUUCGUCGGAUGGGAAUAUACGGACUUGACUUUGGCGAGACCCUAGGAAGGGUGGUGGAGUUUGAGAGCCCCGAUAACCGGAUUGACGGGACAGUUUGCAUACUGCCUGCCCGGUCCACUUCCAUAUUGGAGCUGCGAGUCACACUCCAGGCUGACACCAUGCACCGGCUGCUGCAAGGCCCUCUUCUACAGUGGGCGAUGCGAAGGACACUCGGCAAGUUGUGA